GUCUCAGGGGCGUCGAGCCAACAGCGCUGCAUCAUCUCCCGUCGAUCAACACUUAAAGGUUAAAGGCGACGGCGUCGAUUGACCAAUUUCGUCGACAAUAUUCCUUUUCAUCGCCUUCUUCUAGUCUCUGUAGACGGACCACCAACAAGAUGCUGGGCAAAGAUAUUAUUGACACGACCCCCGGCGGGGUCAUGUUGGUGCAGCACGAGGAUGCCACAGACGCAGGUGUCUUUGUGCUGGCUCCGACUCCAUCUUCCGAUCCAAAUGAGCCGUUGAACUGGAGCCCAUGGCGCAAAUAUCUCAACUUUGGCCUCACCAUGGCCGUCAGCAUCGCCGCCUUUACGAACCUGUCCAUCCAGACUAUUUUCUGGCAGCAGAUGGUCGUCGACAUGAACGUGUCGUACGCCCAGCUGAGCAACGCCCAGUCUGCGCAGCUGGCAGGCCUGGCCAUGGGAUGCAUCUUCUUUAUCCCCUUUACCAUCAAGUACGGUCGCCGGUCGACGUACAUUAUCUCGACGGCUCUGAUGGCCACCGUCUCGUGGUGGACGUCCAGGAUGAACAGCUAUCCUGAGCUCAUUGCGACUGCUGUUAUUACUGGCCUGUCUGGCGCCGUCAACGAGACUGCCGUGCAGAUGACUAUCGCCGACCUGUUUUUCGUCCACCAGCGAGCUACCGCCAACGCGUGUUAUUUCACAGCCGUGAUGAUUGGCUCUUUCCUGACGCCCAUGGCCGCAGGCUCUCAAGCUGCUGGCCAGGGUUGGCGAUGGUCCCAAUACACGCUGUCUAUCGCCCUCACCAUCAUAUCUGUCCUCUUCCUCUUCCUCUUCGAAGAGACCAAAUACGUCCCGGUUACUUUCAGCCAGGGCGAAGAUACCAUCGAUCCUCCUUCCCCUUCUGCGAACGGGGACUCCAAGGACGCCACAGACAGCAAGGGUAGAGAUGUCGCUACCAUCACCGUCGACAGCAACUCGUCGAUUCCCUUGAACACCUGGCGCCAACGCCUCCGCUGGACAACGACGACCCCCGAGUCUCUCCCCAAGCUCUUCAUGAUGCCUCUGUACGCCAUCACGCUCCCGCACGUCAUCUUUACCGCCCUCCAGUUCGCCUCCGGAGUCUGCUGGCUUGUUCUGUACAUGACCGUGUCAUCCAUCGUCUUCACCGCGCCACCUUACAAUUUUGACACCGCUGGAGUGGGUUACAUGACUCUCGGCCCCUUUGUCGGCAACAUUUUUGGAAGCAUCUACGGCGGACCCUUUUCUGACUGGUUUAUUGUCAAGCUGGCCCGGCGAAACGGUGGCAAGUAUGAGCCGGAGAUGCGACUCCACCCUCUUAUUUUCCCCAUGUUUUUCAUGGCUGGUGGCAUUAUGAUGUUCGGAAUCACGGUUGACCGAGGAAUGCACUGGAUUUACCCGUCUAUUGCCGGUGCCUUCUUCGCAUUCGGACUCGGUGCCAACGGCGACAUCACUUUCACUCUUGUUAUUGACACAUACCGCGAGCUCACGGCCGAGGCCUUUGUUGGAAUUGCCUUUUUCCGCAACGCAGUCUCCGUCGCCGUGCCGUUUUCGCUGACCACGUGGAUGACCAACAUGGGACUCACCAACAUGUGGAUUCUUGCCGGUUGCAUUGCGUUUGCCAUCGCACUUCUCUACAUCCCCAUGAUCAUCUGGGGAAAGCGGAUCCGCACGGCUCUGGGACCCAGGUACUGGCGCAUGGUGGACAAGCGUGCCCAGAUUUAAGUCUUGGCUCUGGCUUCGAACCAGUGUACUUUGCCAGUGGUGUAUGAAGUGGGGGGUUAUUGGAAUCAGAAUAGUCUCUAAAUCAAAGUACUUUCGAUCUGACG